CAACGUGCUAAAGAGAGUCGAAGGUAGAAAUGAAUAGAUGGAUGGAUGCAUGGAUGGAUGGAUGUACUCAUGAUUUGAAUAGAGCUCCAAGCAGUUGGCGAAGAUGAAGCCGCUUUACAAGCUCUCCAUGAAGUCGUGCUUUCAAAACGAUCUCGCAGUAAUCCCAUUACAGUCAUGGAGCCCAUUAUGCUCAAGUAUGUUGAGCUUUGUGUUGAGCUCAAGAAGGGAAAGAUGGUCAAGGAAGGCCUUCAUCAAUACCGUAACAUUGCUCAAAACACUAGUGUUAACUCGAUUGAGACCAUCAUCAACAGAAUGCUCGAGCUUGCAGAGGCUAAAGUAGCCGAAGCCCGUGCCAAAGCCGACAAGAUUGCAGUCGACGUAGAUGAUCUCGAAGCUUCAGAAACACCCGAAUCCAUCAUGCUCAGCACUGUUUCUGGGGAUCAAAGCAAGGACAGAACCGACCGUGCCGUUGUCACACCUUGGCUCAAGUUUUUAUGGGAAGCCUAUCGCACCGUAUUGGACAUUAUGCGCAACAACUCUCGUUUGGAAACCCUUUACAACGCUGUCACCUUGAAAGCUUUCCAAUUCUGUUUGACCUAUGACCGAAAGACCGAAUUCCGUCGUCUGUGUGAAAUUCUUCGCAACCACUUUUUGAAUGUUGCUAAAUACUCUCAUCAACCUCACGCUGUGAACUUGAACGACCCCGAAACACUUCAACAAUAUCUUGAAUCACGUUUUGCUCAACUUAAUGCAGCUGCUGAACUCGAGUUAUGGCAAGAAGCUUUUAAAUCAGUUGAAGACAUUCACACCUUGUUGACCACUUCCAAGAGACCUCCUAAGCCAGUCAUGAUGGCCAACUAUUAUGAAAAACUCACCAAGAUUUUCAUGGUCUCUGAAGACUAUCUUUUCCACUCUGCAGCCUGGAACAGAUUCUGUGCUAUCGAACGUGCAUUCAACAAGAACCUGACUGAAGCCGAACACUCUCGCAUGGCUUCCAUCGUCUUGUUAUCAGCCCUCGCUAUCCCAAUCAUCACCACUACCAAGACUCGUCCUGGUUAUGUCGAGGCUGACGAAUACCGUGUUCAAAAGCUGAACCGUCUCUCCAUGCUCAUGGGUCUUUCCGGCCAUCCUACCCGUACAGGUUUGUUGAAGGAAGCCUUGCACAAGAAUAUCCUUGCUCGUGUUCGUCCUGAAAUCCGCGAAUUGUACAACAUCUUGGAAGUUCAGUUCCAUCCCUUAUCGAUUUGCAAAAAGAUCAACCCUAUCAUGGCCAAGCUUUCUGAAGAUCCCGAAUUGGUCAAAUACGUCCGUCCUCUUCACCAAGUCAUUUUGACACGUCUUUUACAACAACUCUCUCAAGUCUAUACCACUGUCAAAUUGGACUUUGUCUUGAACCUCGCUUCUUUCCCCGACCCCUACAACUACGAUGCUGCCACUAUCGAAAAGUUCAUCAUGAACGGCUGCAAGCGUGGAGAAUUGAACAUUCGUAUUGACCAUGCAUCACAAAGCUUAGUGUUCGAAACAGAUCUCUUUGCUCCACCCAAGGAUACAGUGACUGAAGGUAUUCAGCUGCAAUCUUCUCCUGCUGAUCUUAUGCGUACACAACUCUCUCGUCUGGGUGUCAGCUUGAACGCUGCUCUUCAAAUGGUCGAUCCUUCUGUCAAGGAAGAGGCCGAAAAGGCUAAGCAACAGGUCGUUCAACGUGCCUUGGCUGGUGCCGAAGAAGAACACAAGCAAGCCUUAGAGCGCAAGUUGAUUAUUGAACGUCGUAAAGAAAUCAUUGAAAACGAAUUGGCUCGCAAGGAGAAAUUGGCCGCUCAAGAAAAGGCUGCUGCCGCUGCCAAGAAGGCUGAGGCUGAAAAGAAACGUUUAGAAGAAGAAGCUAAACGCCGUGAAGAAGAACGCUUGAAGCGUAUUCAAGAAGAAAUUCAACGUGAUCAAGCUAAGCGUAUUGCCGAAGAAAUCAGUAGCAAGACUGGAUUGCAAUUGAAGCCUGAGGAAAUUGAAAACUCUGAUGUCAAGACACUGCUCAACCUCAAGGUAUCCAGACUUCAAAGCGAACAAAAGGAGCUCAGUGAUCGCUUGAAGCAAAUAAGCAAGCGUCUUGAUCACACUGAGCGUGCAUUAAGAAAGGAAGAAAUUCCAUUAUUAGAAAAGGACUAUGAGAAACAACAAAAGGCAGAUAAGGCUAUCUAUGAAGCAACACGUAAGGCUAAAUUGGCUACUGCAAAGGAACAACACGAAGAGAAUAUGAAAUUAAAGGCUCGCUUCUCUCGAAUCAUUGGUGAUUACAGAGCUUAUAAGAGCAAGCUUGAAGAACAACGUAGACAGGCUGUUGAAGCUAAACAGAGAGUCGCUAAUGAAGCCAUUGAAAAAGAAAAGAAUGAAAGAAUCGCUUUAUGGCGUGAAAAGAUAGACGAACUCCGUCAACAGCGCGAAGCUGAAGAAGAAGAAAGACGCCGUCGUGAAGCUGAAGAGCGUGAAAGAGCUGAAAAGGAAGCACGUGAAAAGGCUGAGAAGGAAGCACGCGAGAAGGAGAGAAGAGAACAAGAAGCCGAACGUCAAAGAAAGCUCGAUGAAAUUGCUAGAAAGCAAGCCGAACGUGAAGCUGAAAUUGAACGUAAACUUCAAGAAGAAAAGGCUGCCAAGGCCAAGACUAUUCCUGGUGCUCGUACAACUGAUAAGUAUGUUCCUCCCGCCCGUGCUGCUUCCGGAGACAAGUAUGUUCCUCCUCGUGCUGGCGUUUCUUCAGGUGCGCCUUCCGGAGACAGAUUUGCCUCCUUCAACCGUGACCGUUCUGCUGGCUCACCUGGCGGUGCUGGAGGUAGAUAUGUCCCUCCUGGUGCUCGUCGCUCCGAUCGUGGACCUGAGCGUGGACCUGAGCGUGGACCUGAACGCGGAUCUGAGCGUGGCUCCGAACGUGCAGAUGAAGCUUCAUCUUGGCGUCGUGCUGGUCCUCCCCGAAGAUAAAUGAAAUUAUGUAAUGAUUUGUUUGUAAAAAUUGUUCAAUUAACAUAGAAACAAUUUGUAAAAUAUAUUAAAUAAUACUCUGUCAAACAAUGCGAG